UAUUUUAUGGUAUAGAGGAAAGGCACCGAAUUUGAGACAGGCGCCUAAUUUGAGACACUUUCGUAUAUUUAUGUUAGAUAGGGUGACAUCUAGUGAAAAUAUUGAAAACUGAUCAUUCUUUACAGUAGUGGUAAGAUCUGCUUUUAGUUGGCGCUUAGAAGUGACCGUUGUUGUUUUGUCGACGUUAAUUUGAUUUACACAUUACACAAAGUUUUUUCGGAAUUUAUAAAGACUUACAAUACAUCAAGGUAAGAUGAUUACAUUUACUCCAAUAGUUUAAUAUUAGUUAAUACAUUUUAUGCAAAUUAAACGCUAAUUGUGUGGCACACAUAACCAACAAAAAUGCGUUUUAUUUUUAACGGAAAAAUCCUAAUUUGAGACACCUGUAGGUUCCAAAUUUGAGAGUGUCUCAAAUUAGGACAUUUUUAUGUAUUUUUUUUUUGUUUGUAGAUGCCGUCAAAAAAUAAAAAAUGGAACGCAAAUGAUAUGAUACAGUAAAUACAGUAAGAAAUAGAGAGACGGACUAUUUGAAGGCCUCAAAAGUUUUUGGAGUACCAAAAGGCACCUUAGAACGAUAUGUGAAAUCAGACAAGACUCCAGAAGAACUCGUCGGGAUAUCAAUCGACCUCGAUAUUCUUCCUUUGGAAUUAGAAAAUGAGUUGGUUGCGUACGCCCUAACUAUGGAGCAACGUUAUUUCGGGCUAAGAACGCGUGAUAUAAAACGACUGGCAUUUCAACUUGACAUACGAAACUCAGUACCACAUCCAUUUAGCGAAGUCAAAAAAUCAGCCGGAAAGAAAUGGUUGAGACUCUUUCUGAAAAGGCAUCCGACGCUUUCAUUGCGUACUCCUCAGAGAAUGUCAUCUGCUCGAGUAAAAUCGUUUACUCCUGAAAAUGUAUCCAAGUUCUUUGACCUGUAUGAACCAGAAUAUCUAAGCUUACUAACCCUGCACAACAUAUAUUCAAUGUAGACGAAACAGGUAUUACAAUUGUUCAGCACAAACAUAGCAAAGUCAUUUCUAUGAGAGGGAAGAAGCAGGUUUCUUCACUUACUUCAGCAGAAAGGGGCAAGCUGAUUACUAUUAUUACAUGUAUGAAUGCUGCAGGAGUUUUCGUACCACCAUUAUUAAUCUUCCCUAGAAAAAAUAUGAAAACAGAGUUGAUGCUAUUAGCUCCCACUGGAGCAGUCGCAGAAUGCCAAGUGUCAGGUUGGGUACAGGCCGAUAUUUUCACUAGAUAGCUUCAACACUUCAUAAAAUUCAGUAAACCUUCAGCUGCAGGCCCUGUUCUUCUCGUCUUUGAUGGUCACUAUUCUCAUUAGUACGAGAAACGUUGCUCUAAUAGAUUUGGCCAAACAGAAUCAUGUGACGAUUAUUUGCCUCCCACCACAUUCUACGCAUAAGAUGCAACCGUUGGAUGUUGCUUUUAUUGCACCGCUGAAAACUUACUACGCAAAAGAAAUAGAAAACUGGCUUAGAGAAAAUCAGUUGAGUGUUGUGUCGCCUCAUGCCGUUGCCAGUAUUUUUUGUAAAGCGUAUAACAAAGCUAUUUCUCACCAUAUUUUUAGGGACUUUGAAUUUGGAAUUCAAGAGCACUUGCAAACACAAAACGAAAGGGACGAACAAAUAAUAAAACCAAACCAUGAACAACCACAUCAUCCAAUGCGAGAACAUAGAACUCCUAGUCCACCACUACCUCAUCAACAACUUGUUUCUCCGAAAGACAUCUGUCCGAUCCCUACAUACAAGAGAUACACCACUAAAAAACCACAUGCCAGAUCAGGAAAGGCUUCAGUAAUUACUCUAACACCCUACAAAGAAGAAUUAGAGCAAAGUUUGCAGAAGAAAAAAGCAAAAAAACUAGUACCCCAGCUAAACUUGAAUUGUGUAUUAGCUCCAGAAAAAAACAGUUCAACAAAAAGUGUUAGAUCAGAAAAAAAAGCAACGCCCGAGGAAGAAAUAGCAGUACAUGAAGACGUAGGUCAACCUGCUACAUCUAAAGGCAAAACAUCAAGAAGGAAACGGAAAGUUUCUUCGAGUUCAAGCUCAGAUAGCAGCGAAGACUUUCCAUUAGCUGACUCAUCGUCCGACGAAAGUAGAGAAAUCGACGCGGAAUGUCUAUUUUGCACCGGCAAAUUUUCCGACGAUAGAUAUGGCGAACGAUGGACAAAGUGUUACCAAUGUGGCAGGUGGGCACAUGAAGACUGUGGAGAAAUAAAGUCCAGCACAUUUAUUUGCCUUUUCUGCGAAGGAAAGGUCUUUUUUGAAUAGUAUCUCUAAUUUUGGGGUACCUGUCUCAAGUUUGGAUUCCUGGCUAUCCCAAAUUAGGCCACCUUUUAUUUUUAAUAUUAAACGUCGCAAAAAAAAUUAAAUGUAUUUUUUUGCAAAAAGAUAUGUCUUAUUCGCUUUAUUUUUUUUUGUUGUGUUCUAGAAACAUUAAAUUUAAGUUUUCGAAAUGUUUUAAAAACUUUUGAAUAUUCUGUUUUAUAUUUGUUUUUCAAAAAAAGUUUCAUGAAGACUGUGGAGAAAUAAAGUCCAGCACAUUUAUUUGCCUUUUCUGCGAAGGAAACGUCUUUUUUGAAUAGUAUCUCUAAUUUUGGGGUACCUGUCUCAAGUUUGGAUUCCUGGCUAUCCCAAAUUAGGCCACCUUUUAUUUUUAAUAUUAAACAUCGCAAAAAAAAUUAAAUGUAUUUUUUUGCAAAAAGAUAUGUCUUAUUCGCUUUAUUUUUUUUUGUUGUGUUCUAGAAACAUUAAAUUUAAGUUUUUGAAAUGUUUUAAAAACUUUUGAAUAUUCUGUUUUAUAUUUGUUUUUCAAAAAAAGUUUCUCAAAUUUGGUGCCUUUCCUCUACCUAGUAAGCUCGGAAAUCGGCUAGAAAAUUUACACCGAAUAUAACAAAAUUCAGUUCGGCAACAUUGUGUGAAAAUACCAAGUCUUAUUGGAUAUCAACAGACACAUAAUUUAGUCCAGGCAAAUUAAUAUAAUUUUACAAAGAAAAAUGAGAUGUUUUAACCAAAUAAUGUCUCAAAUAUAAUCUGCAAAAUAAUUUUGAAUACGUUUCCGCUAAUAACUUUUUUUGUCCUUAAAAGUAGAAAAAAAAAGUUUAAUUUCUCUUGCUUAAAAUCUAUCGUCUCAUUAUAACUACUGUACUAAUAAUUAACUAUUUUCAAUGGAAAUAAGCCCCAAUUUUACCAAAAAAAUGAUUUUAUUAACGUUUCGACGCCCAAGUCGGGUGUCGUUGUCAAAAUACAAAAUAAUACUAAAUUAAACAAAAUUGUUGUUGCUUAGCAAAAAAUUCUUCUAAUAAUUUAUUUAAUCUGACUCAUUUAUAUCGGCAAUUCAUACAUGUAUUAUACAUUUUAAAGUAGAAGACUUUAAAAUGGUAUUGCCAAUAUUGAUGAAUUGCGUUCCUGGGACGAUUUUACUAAAAGAUAGUUCAUUCGAUUACAUGAAAUCAACCCAACUCAAGAAUAUCCGCCACAAAAAAUCAUAGCAUGUGAUCUGUCUUUAAAAAGACAACUAAAUGCAACGGUGACAGUAAAAUUCUCGCUCUAGAGAUUCCAUAGUAAAUCACGAGGGAAAACCAGGAAAAAACUUCGUGAUACUAUCCCGACAU